AUGAGUAGCAAUUCAUUGGCCAAAGACGAGGACAAUGAGUCAACAGUGAGUCCAUUGAGUGCUAAUGAAGAGAAUUGCGACCAAUUGUGCAAUGAUUUGAUGACCUCUUCAUACAACGAGAUCUCAUUCUCUGGAAGUGAUGAACAGACAGAUGUGGAAGCGGCUGAAGAUUUAAGUUCGUGUGAUAGCGAACAACAGCUUCAGAAGAAGUUGUCGUCGAGUCUAUCGUACGGUGUCAACAGCAGUCUGAUACAGAGUAUUGAUGGACAUCUGGUCUCAUAUGUGGCCCAAGACUUUGAGCACAAACUAAAGCACAGCACAUCUUCGCCGUCCAUCGAGGACCAUUUGUCACAACAAUCAGAAAGAAUUGAAUUUAAAUUAUUGAAUGAUUUGGAGAAACAGUCAAAACUCCUCUCAAAUAAUAUUAACUCAAUGUUAAGACAUAUCUCGGAAUCCACUCAUAAUAUAACAUCGCUAACCGUGGAGUGCAUCUCUACUUAUGAGACAUGUCUUAACAAUACCUGUGAUGUCAUUGAUUCCAAUAUAAAGUCGAUGUAUCAAUUGAUGGCUAAAUGUGAAGAAUUAAACCAAUCGAUGAAACCAAUCGCCAAAUUGUCUGAAGAACUAAAAGAAGUGAAACGUCUGUUAGAAUUGUUUGAGAAAGCGGUCGACUAUAAGAUGUAGAACUCAUCCAACAC